AUGGCAUCAUCAGUUGAAAUGCCCUCUGCUCCAUUCGGUUGCGUUUUGAGGGAUCACAACCGCCGUGACCGGUGCAGAGAGACCAAUGCCAGAGCCACCAUGGGUGCUUUUCAGAAGAACCUCAAGAGUUUAGUGAGGGAUCAUCUCUGCAUUGCAGUCUCUCCCAAGUCUGGCUCCAAUGACGCCAACUCCGAGAACCAGAGUGUUAACAAUGAUGAUUCUUGGGUUCGAAACGAUGAGGCUUCUUGCUGUUCAAAGAAGGAUGAGAACACCAACAUAAAUGGUGUGAGAGAAGAUGCUUCGGGUUCGGUUAUGACCCCAAGGCAUGCUAGGGUGCUUGAUCGAUGGGCUUUCGCAAGACAAAUGGUGUCGAAACCAGUUGAGAGGCAGAGGAGCGCAGAGGCAGAAGUGUUAUGUAACAAGGAUGAGAACAGCAAUAGGAACAGUGACAGAGAAGAUGACUCUGGUUCGGUCAUGAGCCCGAGGCAUGUCAGGGUUCUUGAUCGAUGGGAUUUCGCAAGACAAAUGGUGGCGAAACCGAUUGAGAGGCAGAGGAGCGCAGACGCAGAGGUGUAUUAUGUGCCAAACUCGGCACCCUCUUCAGCAAGGACGUCAACUUCGAAGGAAGAGACUAUAGCAAGAACAGAUAGCUUGGCUGAUCUCACCAAAAAAGGAGUGGGGGCUUCGUCUCUGGUUCAAAUUUGGGAGCAGAGGCUCCACAAAUCAGACACCCUCAAAACCAAUUCCAGUGGAAAUGAAUUAUCCGACACAAGUAGGUCUAGUUCUGGAUUCAGCUCUACUGAGAAUCAGAACGAGAAUGAGACCAAUGCUUCACCAUCAAGACUUUCUGAAGCAGAAAAGGCAGAGUCCCCUGUUGAGAAAGCAGGGGAUCCUGUUUUCUCUAUUGAAGCAGGGGACUCUGAUUUCCAGAUGGAAAAAGCAAGGGAGUCUAUUGAUGAAACUUAUGAUGCCGGUGAUUCCUUUGAAGAUGCCAAAGGUAUUGCAGAUGAUAGCCGGAAUUUAGAUGCUAAAGAAAAAGAAAAGGUUCGAGUUGUGGAUAUUAUUAGAAGACUGACUGCACAGGGUCCAUCGUCUUCCUUGAGUGAGGACAAUAGUAAUGAUCAUGAUCAGCAGUAUGGUAGCACGCAGAGUUCACCGUGUAGGGAAUUGCUCCGUGAGCGUUCUGGGGUCGAUCAGGCAGAACACAAAGGCUUAUCAGAGCACAAAGGCUUGUCUCAUGUUCUAAACUCGUCUCAUGCUACAAGCUCACCACGCUUAAGAGGGAGGCAGGCAUUUGCUGAUUUGCUUAUGCAGUUUGAGCGUGACAGGCAUAAGGAACUUGACACGCUGGUGAACCAAAAGUCAGUAUCGGAAUUCCCACAGCGUGGUCGAACUCGAAUUCAGUCAUUACUUAGGCUUCGAAUGCUUCAACGUGGUAUGGCAUUCGCUGGUUCAGAUGUGCCACCGCUUCCACCAAAACCAUCUCGAGUGAACAAACCUGCGCAAGGAUCUAGCAUCAUGCAUCUCAGGGAGAAAUUUUGUACCAGUGUUGAGCAGGGCACCGAAGUGCAGGAUGAUGCGCCUAAUCCAAAUAGCCUUCAGAAGGACAUGAUAAAGAACACAAGUAUUAAUGUAGACAAGUUCUCCACCUUCAAUAAGCCUACUGAAAGCACUCCUAAUCGAGAAGUUAAGGUUAUGGAGAAGCAGAAAAAAUUCACAGUACUGCGUGUUAGUGAAGAUGUUUGUGAAGCGACCCCCAGUUUGGACAAAUCCUGCACCUCCAAGCCUGAUGAAAGCACUCCUAAUCGAGAAGUUAAGGUUAUGGAACAGCAGAAAACAUCCACAGUACUGCGUACUAGUGAAGAUGUUUGUGAAGAAGCAACCCCAAGUUUAGACAAAUCCUCCACCUCCAAUAAGCCUAGUGAAAGCACUCCUAAGCGAGAAGUUAAGGUUAUAGAGCAGCAGAAAGCAUCCACAGCACUACGUGAUAGCAAAGAUGUUUGUGAAAAAGCGACCCCCAGUUUGGACAAAUCCUGCACCUCCAAUAAGCCUAGUGAAAACACUCGAAAUCAAAAAGUUAAGGUUAUAGAGCAGCAGAAAGCAUCCACAGUACUACGUGCUAGUAAAGAUGUUUGUGAAGAAGCGACCCCUAGUUUGGACAAAUCCUGCACCUCCAAUAAGCCAGGUGAAAGCGCUCCUAAUCGAGAAGUCAAGGCUAUAGAGCAGCAGAAAACAUCCACAGUACUGCGUGCUAGUGAAGAUGUUUGUGAAGAAAGGACCCCAAGUUUAGACAAAUCCUCCACCUCAAAUAAGCCUAAUGAAAGAGUUGAUGUUUUGGAGCAGCAGAAAACAUCACCAGUAUUGCGUGCUAGUGAAAAUGUUUGUAAAGAAGCGACCCCAAGUUUAGAAGUUACCUUCCAAGAAACUAGCUCAGCUGCUCAAAGCUCCUUGCCAAAUGUUAGUGAAGAUCUUCGUCAAGUAGCCAGCCCAAGUCCAAAGGUCACCAGGCGAGAAACAAGCUUAGUUUCUACAAACCUUGAUGUGCAAGGAACUGCCAAUCCAACCACACCAAUGUGUGAUCCGAAUGAGAAUGAGCUAUGGAAUGGAAGAGGUUCAGUGGAUAGAAACCUUGAUUCACAAGAAACUGCAGAUACAACAAUAUCCUCGAAUGGUCAUGAUGGGGAUGAAAUAUGGAAACCCACAUGCUCAGAGGCUAGACACCUUGAUUCACAACGAAGUGCAGAUACAAGGACACCCUUGAGUGGUGGGGAUGGGAUUGGGAAUGGGAAUGGGAAUGAAAUAUGUGAAGGAACAAGUUCAGAGGUUAGAAACCUUGACACACAAGAAACUGCAGAUACAACCUCAUCCUUGAACAGUUGGAAUGAAAAUGCAUUAUGCCAUGGAACAAGUUUAGAGGCUGGAAACUUUGACUCACAAGAAAAUAUAGAUACAACAACAUCCAUGGUCAACUGGGAUGAGAAUGAUGAUGAUUUCCAGUACUAUGGAGAAACAAAUUAUGACUGGAUCAGUGAGAUUUCUCGCCCACGGAGCUAUUGGGAAGACAUUAGGAAAUCAUGGUACCAAGAGAUGCUCAACUCCAAUUCAGAAAAAGGCGAGAUACACCAACUCCUUGAAAGAAGAACAGUAUCAAGCUUUCUUACUAGUGAUUUCCGAGAUAAGAUAGACAGAUUGAUGGUAUCUCGUGUAGAAAGACAAACAUGUCACAAUGUCAGUCAAGAAGAAGAAGAUGACGACAGCAGCUAUGAUAGAAUGAAUCAAAUGGUGUCUUUCUUACAACAUCGCACAAUCCCAUCAGGCACCGAAGAAGAAGCAGAAGAAGUGCAAGAACAUGUGCAGCCUUCACCAUCUCACUUCACAACAUGGAGUUACCAAGAUAAUGAAGUUGGGGAUGAUUCAGACCGAGCCACUUCUGCAUCUCCUCGCCAACAGUCACCCUUUCGAUAUAGUCCACAACGUUCACCACCUCAAUCUUACAACGCUAAUCAUCGGCAAGGCUCUCCCUCCCUCAGUCAUCCUUUAAUGGAAUUGGAGCUGAUAUACGACAUGAAAGGGCAUAUGAUACAACUCUAUCAAGAGAUGUCUGAGCUAAGAAAAGCAAUAAAGAGCUGCGUAGACAUGCAAAUGACAAUGCAACAAUCCAUGAAUCAGGAUAAAGGCAAUUGCCGCAUUUGCAAUGAAGCAAAAAUCGAUUCACUAUUGUACAGGUGUGGACACAUGUGCACCUGUCUCAAGUGUGCUCAUGAUUUGCAAUGGAACAGCGGAAAAUGUCCGAUUUGUCAAGCUCCGAUUGCAGAUGUGGUGAGGGCAUACAUGGAUUCUUAA